AUGUUUUCAGAAAUUCUAUUAUUGAAUGUUGUUCUUCUUUUGGUGAUUGGGAAUCUCGUUAAUGGUGGUCGACGUGACUGGACAAUAGAAAAGAGUUCUUCAUUUUGGUAUGAACAAGCUCGAUUAUCAAUUGAAGAAGGAUUAAAACGUCGUGAGAAUACGGGAAUAGCUAAAAAUGUAAUUCUAUUUUUGGGUGAUGGUAUGGGUGUAUCAACGGUUACUGGAGGUAGAAUUCGAAAAGGACAAACUAAUGGUCAGUUAGGCGAAGAUUUUCUUACUGAAAUGGAACAAUUUACUCAUUUGGGUUUGGCAAAAACAUAUAAUAUUGAUCAUCAAACACCAGAUUCAGCAGCAACAGCAACAGCUUUUUUAUGUGGUGUUAAAGCACAAUUAGGUACAGUAGGAGUUGACGGACGUGCAAAACGAUCGAAUUGUUCAAGUUCCAUUGGUACAAAUGUGACCAGUAUUCUCGAUUGGGCUCAAAAAGCUGGCAAAAAAGUUGGUAUCGUAUCAACGGCUCGUAUAACUCAUGCAACACCAGCUGCUGCUUAUGCUCAUGUGCCUGAACGUGACUGGGAAAGUUAUAAUACAAAAAUAUUUGGUAUUCGUCAAAGUCAAGAAGGUUGCCUUGAUAUUGCUCAUCAGCUUGUAUUACGUUCACCACCAAUCGAUCUUUUAUUCGGCGGUGGUCGUCGACACUUUUAUCCGAAUACAAAGUCUGAUAUUGAAAACUCAACAUUAAAUGGUUCUCGUACUGAUAAUCGAUCCCUUAUUGAUGAAUUUUGGCGUGGACGUUUUAUUUGGAACAAAACUGAAAUGAAUAAAAUUAUUUUAGGUACACAAACACCAUUAAUGGGAUUAUUCGAAUAUGAUCAUAUGUAUUAUGAAACUGAUAGAAAAGCAACUAGAAAUGAUAAACCAAGUUUAUCACAAAUGACCAAAUUUGCAAUAGAACAUUUUUUAAAUAUGAAACAAAAUGGUUUUUUUCUUUUAAUUGAAGGUGGAAGAAUUGAUCAUGGACACCAUGAGACAAAAGCGCGAUAUGCACUUGAUGAGUUUGUUGAAUUCGAUAAUACUAUUGGACAAACUAAAGAAAUCUUAAAAGAAAAAGGUCUCCUGAAUGAUACAUUAAUGAUUGUUACUGCUGAUCAUUCACAUGUAUUUACAAUAGGUGCAUAUUCUUCACGUGGUUCAAAUAUUUUAGGUUUUGGAUCAUUAGAAUCUCGUAAUGUCAGUGAUAUUGAUAAAUUGCCUGUUAAUAUUAUUGCAUAUGGAAAUGGACCGAAUUUUCCUUCACCUCGAAAUGCAACUUACUUAUCUUCACUUGAUUUAAAUUCAACUAAUUAUUUAUCACCAACAGCUCUACCACUAAAGGAUGAAACCCAUGGAGCUGAAGAUGUACCUAUAUAUGCUCAUGGACCAUGGAGUCAUUUAUUUAUUGGAACAAUGGAACAACAUACAAUUGCACAUAAAAUGGCUUAUGCAGCAUGUUGGGGUCCUUAUACAGAUAGAAACGGAUGUCAAAUCUUGACUAAAUCAACAACAACAUCAUCAACAACAACAUCAUCAACCACAAUUGUUCCUAAAUCCAAUGGUUUUAAUUCGUUUAAAAUUUCAAUUGAAAUCUCAAUAAAAGAAGAAGAAGAAAAUGGUACAAUAAUUGUAGAUUUAAGAUCAUAUAUAAAAUCUGAAUAUAUAUUAAAUAAUUCAAAUGGUUAUAUAAUAAAAUUUGUUCGUCCAUGUUUAAAUUUUUAUAUAGAUAAAGAAAAUUUAUUUAAAAUUCGUUCAUUUAAAAUUGAUCGUGAAAAACUUUGUCCAUAUGAUAAAUAUUGUUAUUUAAAUUGUGAUUUAUAUAUAGAAAAAGAAGAAAUAAAAUUAAUUAAAUUAAAAAUAAAUAUUGAAGAUAUAAAUGAUCAUAAACCAAAAUUUAAAAAAAAAAAUUAUUUAUAUGAAUUUGAUGAAAAUAUAUUAAUAGGUUAUCGUUUACAAUUAGAACAAGCUGAAGAUAAAGAUUUAAGUGAAAAAAAUUCAAUAAAAAAUUAUUAUUUAAAUUUAUUUAAUAUAACAUAUUUUCCAUUUAAACUUAAUUAUGAUAAAAAAAAUCAUUUACUUGAAUUAAUUUUAAUUAAAAAUUUAGAAAAAAAUAAAAAAUAUCUUUUUGAACUUAUUGUUAAUGAUGGAGAAAAUGAAGAAGAUAAAUGUUUAAUUGAAAUAAAUAUUUUACAAAAUCAACAAUAUAAUAAUAAUUUACCACCAAUAUUUGAUUUUAAUUUAUAUAAAUUUAAUAUAUUUAAUUUAAAUAAAACAUUUAUAGGAAAAGUUCAUGCAAAAAAUGAUUUUUAUAUUAAUUUAAAUAAUAAUAAUAAACAAAUAUAUUAUCGUAUUAUUCCAUUAAUUGAAAAUUCAAAUUUAUUUCAAAUAAAUGAAACAACUGGUGAAAUUUAUUUAAAUGAUAAACAACAAAUUAAUUUAUUUGAUAAAUUUUAUGAAAUAUUUAUUGAAGCAUUUUAUUUAAAUUAUCUUUCUUCAUUAACAACAGUUCAAAUUUAUUUUAAUUUAACUUCUCAAUUUAAUAAUAAUAAUAAUAAUAAUCAUUAUCAUAAUGAUGAUAAACAAGAAAAUUUUAUUCAAAUUUUAAUACCAAAAUUAUUUCAAAAAAUUGAUAAUAAAAUAUUUAUUAAAGAAAAUAUAUCUGUACCAAUAACAAUUCUUCAAUUAUUUAUAUCAUCAUCAUCAUCAUCAUCAUCAUUUUAUUCAUUAGAUAUGAUAACAUCUAUUAAUAUUGAUAAAAAUUAUUUUUAUUUAAAAAAAUUAGAUCAACAAUUAUUUGAAUUAAUUCUUUUAAAAACAUUUGAUUAUGAAUUUAUUCAAAAUAUUUAUUUAGAUUUUAUUUUAAAUAAACAAAAUUUAACAAAAAAAUCUAUUGAAAUUAUUAUUGAAAAUAUAAAUGAUUGUCAACCUUUUUUUAAUCAAACAAAUUAUUUUUUUCAUAUUCAAGAAAAUAAUCAAAUACCUUUUCUUAUUUAUACAUUUCAAGCUUUUGAUUAUGAUUAUUUAAAUCAAUUUAUUUAUCAAAUUCAAACUUCAGAUGAAAAUAUAUUUUCAAUAAAUUCUACAAGUGGAGAUUUCUGGAUAUUAAAAUCAUUUGAUCGUGAAAUAAAAUCAAAUUAUUCUUUAUUUAUUUGUGUAUUUGAUGGAAUUUAUCAAACAUGUUCAUCUAUAUAUUUAAAUAUUCUUGAUGAAAAUGAUAAUAUUUGUAAAUUUAAUUCAUCAUCAAUAACAUUAACAAUUAAUGAAAAUCUUCCAUUAAAUACAAAUUUAAUACAAAUUCAAGCAUAUGAUCCUGAUUAUAAACAAAAUGGAACACUACAAUAUAAAUUAUCACCUAAAACAUCUUAUUUAAAUAUUAAUUUAACAACAGGUUUAAUUCAAACAACAAUAAAUUCAUUUGAUUAUGAAUUAAUUCAAACAUAUUCAUCAUUAAUUAUAGCUUGUGAUAAUAUUAAUUCAUUACCAUCAUUAUGUUGUUAUUUAAAAUUAUAUAUAAAUAUAAUUGAUAUUAAUGAUAAUUUACCUUAUUUAAUUUAUCCAUCAUCAAUAAAUAAUAUAUUUAUUAUUAAUUAUACAAAUAAAACAAUGCCUCGUUUAAAAGCAUUUGAUAAUGAUAUUGAUCUUAAAAAUCGUUUUAUAUCUUAUUCUAUUAUUGGUGGUACACUUAAUUCAUCAAUAAAUAUUGAUUAUCUUUCUGGACAAUUAUAUCUUUUAUCAACAUCAAUACUUCCACUUUAUGGUACACUUAUUAUAUCACUUUCUUCUCAAAUAAAUAUUCAAUUAACAAUACUUAUUCAUGAUAAUCAAACUGAUCCACAAAAAUUUCUUAUGUCAAUUCAACAAUAUUCAUAUUCAUCACAAUUAUUUUAUUUUAUUUCUUUUAUUUCAAUUAUUAUUAUCAUUUUUUUUCUUAUUAUUAUUUUUCUUACUUUUUACUUUUUUAAACAAAAACAAAAACAAAAACAUGAUGAUGAUCCAUUAAUGAAUACACCAUCAACAACAACACUUUCUACUCGAUCAAUAUUAACAACAACAAUAAAUAAUAAAAAAAUUUAUGAUACUUAUUAUUCAUUUGGAGAUAGUGUUACUCCUGAUAUUAUUCAUGUUUAA